AUGUCGACCGGAGCUUAUCACCAUGCUAUCAUCCUAUCUCCUGCUGUAUACGCAAGACAAUGUUAUCCCGAAAAUGUAAGCAAUGAUUCAUCCUACUGGAAACAUGAAGAUGCCGCUAGACAUUUAUCAAAUCAUGUUAUGAAUAAAUACCCAAAUCUAAAUGUUUUAUGCUUAAGUAAUUCAACUUAUCUAAAAAAUGAACUAUGGUCUAGUCCAACAAGAAUAAAUGCAUGUCUCUUUUCACAAGCUAGUCGUAUUGUUCUGUUUAUACCAGAUGAUGGAAGUGAACAUAUCACCUAUUUUACACGUCAUUGUUUACAGCCACUGUUGUGUAAUUCACGUGAAGAAGGUGGACGACCAGAAUGGCAUUCUAGAUUUGUUGCUGUAGCUAUCGGUAAUGUACAAGUACCGAAUCAAUUGAAUUCAGAAACACCAUUUAUAAAUGUAAUACGAUUUCGUGAAAUUGGAUGGUUUCGUGACAUUAUGGGAAUGAUGUUGCUGGAAAGAGCAAUUAAGGAGUUUUGGAUCCCUCCUGAAAUGAAAGAGUUGACAAAGCAUACUAACAAUUCCAAACAGUCUAAUAUGGUAUCAAUCAAGUAUAGUUUAAAUGAAGUGAUUCAAACAACAUCUGUUGUGGGUAUCACUACGCAUGUUACUGGUAAAAUCGAUCUAGAUGAAUUCGACAUACCACAUUCUCGUCAAAGAUCAAAAUCUCCACCUUCUAAAAAACAAAUUAACCACACUGAACAUGAGAAUGAAACCAAUGAUCAUAGAAGUCGUAGUUAUUCAUCAAGAUAUGAACGAAGCAGUUCUAGAUCACGUCGUCGUCUCAUAAAACCAGAAUUCGAAGCUGAACAGUUACAAGAGAAUAUCUUAGAGGCACGUCUGUUUGGAACUAUUGGACAAGUUGUACCAGUUACUAUCAAGAAUAAGCUAACAAAUGGAAAUGUUUCUGUUGAAACAAACGAAUAUGUUGAACAUGAUUUAUCAAACUCUAUUAAGACAUUGAGACCUUUAGAACCGCUUAAGAUUGAUGUCAGACAGCCUAGUCCAACAAAAGACCUUAACGCUCAUCAAGUGUUAAAUUCGGAAACAAAUAACACCAAUUUUCAAGAUGAUAGUUCACCAGUUCAGAAUAAAAAUGAUUCUUGUAGCAACCUUUUAAAUUUAAAUAAAGAACAAAACAUACUUUCAGGUCGUUUAGUAACUUCAGAUAUUGAAGCAAAAUGUAUUAAUAUAACCUCAGACUUAGAAACCUCUACGAAACUGAUAAAUGAAAUAACUGGUGACCGAUUUAAACCGCGUUUAAACUAUGAUGAUAUACCCUUAGUUGAUGCGGAAGUGACAGACGAAAUUAAACAGAUACCUGAAGUAACAACAACCACUACAGCCACUUCUAUACCAACAACCUCACCGACAACACCGUCAUCAAGCUAUUCACCUUCAGAUAGGUAUAGGAAAGAAGUUCACAUCAGAAAACAUAAAAUAACGCAUGAAGAAACUUUUACGUCGCGUACAGAAACCACUAAAACUACAACUAAUAGUAUCAGUCGCGUAGAAAAUGAUUACAGCAACUCCAGAACUACAGACAAUAUAACUGUCAACCAAGCACGCACUCGUAGUGGUGAUGAUAAUGAUGCAGUGAUAGAAAAAGGAGAACAUACAACUCAAAGAAUGCCAGAGAAUUCAGUUAAACCUGAAGAAGAUGAAACACAAAGAAGCAGGUACCAUUCUGGUUCUUCUUCAAAGCCAAUACGAAUAAUACAUGUAAGCCGUACAAAAUCAGGUGAGCAUAAAUCACGACACUCUUCUGAAAGCAGAACAAAUGAACAUGUUAGAACAAUUAGUGUUUCACCUGGACCAAGAGGAUCAAAUCGUAGUGCUACGACAUCCAGAUCGAAUUCAACUUCUCCUCCUAAGAGGAAAGGUCUUCGAAGUGCUGUUGGCAGCCCAUCUAGGUUCACUCCUCAGACACGGAAAUCUUUAAGUCCAUGUAAUAAAAGAAUAGUAAGAAUUUAUUCUUCUACACCAUUUGGUAAACUAUCCAAUAUGUUAUCCGAUGCUUAUACACAAAUGAUAUCUCCAUUGGCAACAGGUGAUUUUAGUGAUCAAGGUAUAGUGUGUUUCGCACUAACUGGUAUUCAAUAUCGACAAAAAGUCGAUACGAAUGGCAUUAAUAACACCUCCGAUGAUAAUGAUAAAAAUCUUCCAAAAUCAUAUUCUUCAUUGGCUGUUUCAAAAGAAAUGAAUGUUUGGACUGGACCAGAUUCAGCAGAAACUUAUCGUCUAGAACUUCUACUUAGUAGUAAAGUUUUAAGAGAACCAGAUGAACCUGUAACACUGCCACAGGAUACUGAAAUUGUUAAUAGAAGGUCAAUAACUUUAUUACACUCUGAUAAUCAGACUGAAGAAUUAUCACAUCAAAUAUCAUCUUUAGGUUUUCCGGAUAGAAAGAAUAUCGAUGAAAGAGACUAUAUGACAUGGCAGUUACUUGGAGUUUUCGCCUUCACAUUUGUUACUCUCAUGUUGUCAUUAACAGUAGCCUUCAUAUGCUUAGAUGGAAAACCGUGUAAUUUUCCUAAGUUUGUAAAACAUACUCUUGAGUUUUUCAAGCGUGAAUAA